UGGUGGCGUUGGUCGAGGCCCACCGCGUAGCGACUGCCCGGCAGUCUAGCGUCCGCUAUCGAAAUCCGACGACGAGCUGCUGCAGCCGACCGACACGCGUACUCUGCCCACACGCGUCGACAUCACCACGCAACAUAUUAUAUUAUUAUUUCGAUUAUCGUAAUACUAUAAUUAUUCAUAAUAAUAUAUCGUUACCAUUACCCUCGUACACUCGCCCGUCGUCCUGCCGUUUUACCAUAAUAUCCUUUGGACGUCCCGGCGUACCGUAUACGUCGACCGUACAUAACAUAGCGUCUGCGCGAGGUCAUGUCCGCUGUCUGCCGUCUGCUGCACGUGUACGGCGGCGGUGGUGACGAUAAGACGGUCGUCCGACACAUUAUUCUAAACGAUCACCACUGCACCAGGCAGAACGUCGGCGGCGACAGGGGUGGCUCGUAGUAAUCGACGCGACCCGCGCAGAAGAUGGUGACGGCCCGUUGCACCCGCGGUCUCACCGCCGGAACCACCGCCGCUACCGACUGCAGUGACUUUGGCCAUUCCGUGAACGAUAAGCAGACAUCGUCGACGACCGCGACCCGUGACACCGUCUGUCACUGCUUGGCCUGUUGUUACGUAACCACGACCGUUACGACAGCUCUGCAACCACCGGUGGUCCUGACCACCAGGAGAAAUAGCGGUAAGACAGCCGUGGACGCGAGUGAAUCUUCUGACAGCGAGCCGCCUUCCGAGGCCGCUGCGUUUGUCGCCUCCGCCUCCGCUGCGGCUUUAGUUUUGUUGGCCGCUCUGUUGGCCGUAGUGCUGUCUUCGGCCGCACUUUUGACCGUCGCGUCCAUGGUUCCGCUGGCCGACGCAGCCACGAGCGAUGUCCGCCGACCACAAGCCGCCGAUUAUAUACAUUUGUGGCACCACCAACAACAGCAGAAGCAGCAGCAACAGCAGCAGGUGGUUGGUCAGCGGAUAUACGACAGCGACGCGUUAAGACAGAAGAGGCAACUGUUCAACACGAAAACAAAUCGUGAACCCGGAGUUGUGGCUUUGACGUUUUCACUGAUUGGUGGAACUUUUUCGGACGCCCGUCAAGCAUUCCGGAACGUAUCAAGCAUCGUGCGCGACACAAUCAGCGAGGCGGCCAGAGAUCCUGCGGCCACCACCGCCGCCGCGGACCAGAUGAUGAUGGCCGCCGUCAAUACCGCGGACAACGAGGUCGGCGGCGGAGCUGCAUCCACCACUGUGGCCACGGACCAGAGGAUGGCCGGCCAAACACUGGGCAAGCUGCUCGGUCGCAACUACCGCGGUCUGCGCCGGCUGUUCGACUCCGAGCUCCGGUCCGCCGUCAAGAACUCGCCGGGCAAUGUUCGUGAUUUCGCCGUCGAGUUGAUGGGUUCCAUCGGUCAGAGUCUCAGACCAUCCAAUCUGUUUUCUCGGGGGCUGACAAACGGCACCACGACCACGGCCAGCCGACGAUGAUGGCGUAUAAUGGAGUCAUCGGAGGAGGCAAAGUCAAUAUCAAAGUCGAAAGUCAGAGUAGUCAGAAUUGGUGACGACGAAAGCACUACACAGUGUCCAUGGUCCGCGGAACGUCACAAUUACAUGAUAAUAAUUAUACGAUAAAUCAUAAUAAUAUUAUGGAGCCAUUUAACUGUCAAUCUUAUACCAUAUUAUUAUUAUGCAACCGAUUGAAUAUAAUAUAAUAUUAUUUAUUGCAAUAUGUAUAUUAUAUGAAUCGAAAUAUGUAUCAUCAGUUAUAGUCAUCAUUAGUAAAUUAGUAAUUAGUAGUGUAUUAAUAGUUUGUAUAAUUUAUUAGAGUACAACGGGAACGUAGGUACAUUUUUUUUUCUGUAAACGCGCUGGUCAAAGGAAUUGGAGUGAGUACGUUAUAUGCAUGUAAAUAUGUGUAUUCCUCUGAUCCGCCAUAAUAAUCUUAGGUCCGUUCAUACGUAACCAACAAAUGUAUAUAUUUAUUUAGUAUUAUUUUUAUUAUUAUUAUAUUGUAUUGUUUCGCGUAAGACUCGACGUGUUAUGUACUUAUAAAAAUAUUUAAACAAUUGUACGAAAGUUUUAAUAUUAUUUUAUUUUUUCGCAAUGUAGUCAUGUUGCACGUGAUAUCACUGUACAACGCUCAUUGGUUGAUUAUUUAUUCGAAAUAUAUUAUUUUUCUACGAUUA